CCGGCCGGGAGCUCUACGCAGUACAUUUUCAAGCUGCCCAAAAUGACGGCCUCCGCUGGCGACCUGUCGCGACUGUCGCCGCUGCUGCUGCUGCUGCUGCUGUUGCAGACGAAGCUGCCGGGAACAGUACUGUUACCAGCUCCCCAGAAGCCUCUUAAAGCAGAAGAAAGAAAAGCUGCAGCCGUGGGCUCCUCUGUGCUCUUUCUUGCCCCAGACAUCCCAAGCACCAUAGAAAUCAUACAGUGGGAAUUUAUCAACAGUCUCCCUCUUCAUGUCAUUGUGGAAUACAAUUCCCGAGAUAGAAGCAUCACAGUCUAUCCACCUUUUAAUGACAGAGUCCAUUUCUCUCCAUCCAAUGGUUCCCUCGUGCUCAAUAAUGUGCAGAAAAAUGACAGCGGAAUCUACAAGGCUGUCAUCAACUUGGACGAACAGAAAGCCAGAAAAACUAAGCUGGAUGUGUUGGAGCCUGUUUCCCUAAUUCAGGUGAGGAGCAGCACAAGAAGGGCCGGUUCAGUCAUUGAAUUAUCUUGUGGUGCAAAAGGAGACAGCAUUGACAGCUUUGAAUGGAAGAAAGAUGGGCAGCCCCUCCCAGCAGAGAGAUGUUACCAAUUGCCAGGGAACCGCAGUGUUUUGUUUAUAAUGGAAGGGAAGAAAUUAGAUUGUGGGAUUUUUUCUUGCAAUGCGAGCAACGAGAUCAGCUGGCUGGAAAGCUCUCUGAGUUUGAUUAUUGAAGGUAUCUCACCUUCAUUGCACCUGGUCCAGAACUUGUGUGCUACCACAUUGAUUUUGGUUGUUGUAGUCGGAGCUGGCUUCAUUGUCCAUCACUAUCAAGUCGAAACGCACGGAAGUGAUGAACGGGUGAUAAGAUAUUUCAUCUGUAUUCAUGGGCUCCUCGCUCUCUCUGCCAUCCUGCUGUUCUCGGCUGCUGUCAAAUGGAUGGAAGAAAAAGGUCCUUCAGCAGUUUUCAUAUUGCUCACCUUGGCUCUUAUUGGUGUGGCGGUGGUAGCAUUCACUAUGUUCAUGGUCGGAGCUUGCCAUCCUGAAAAGUUUCCUCAGUUACAAACCAAGAAGUCAACCCACAUCAUCUUGGACUUCAUCACUAGGGGUGGAGUGAUUCUGCUCCUGGCGUCUGCUUGUUUCCUAAUAACGAAUAUCCAGGAACUCCAAGAGGAAGGCUGUUCCCAGCAUGGCAAUUUGGCUACUGCUUUUGUAAUAACCAGUGUUGUUAUGCUGGUUGUAGCAUGCCUGGUUCUUCUGCUAUGCCUUCAGUGGAAUCACAGAAAGAUCAAGAACCUCAGAAGAGAAAGGAGGAGGAGCCAAAGGGAGACAGAGGAAGAUGAGGCAACGGGUUCCUGAAGUGUACCCCUUCUGUAGAAGACCAGUUGAAGGAUUCUGUAUCCUUAUCACCUUCUCGCUUACCUAAAACUUACAAAAAUAUCACUGGAAAGGACUGUUAAA